UCCUUUCGCUUAUUUUUACCAUUUUCAGAUUAUAAGAAGCAACUUCAUCUUUUGCGCACAAAAAAAAAAAGAAGCAAUGAACAUGUUAUCCGCAAGAUGGUUCUCUGAGCAGGAAAUAGAAGAAAAUAGCAUUAUUCAACAAUUUCACAUGAAGUCAAUAGUGGGAGAGGUCCAUGAAGCUCAAUACACCCUUCCAAACUCUUUCCACACUAACAUUAAUCCUUCUUAUGAUGAUGAUUUGAUAGAAAUGAAACCAUCAAAGAUCCUCAAGACUACUUACAUAUUACCACAAUUGCCACCGCCACAUUCUUCUUCUCUUCCUCCUAAUUCAAAGCCUCAUCUUCAUUGCCAGCCUUCCUCAAGAAUUCUCUCUUUCGGAAAUGCUGGUUCAAAUGUUAUGGAUCAUGACUACUCUCCCAACUCAAUCUUUAGCCCCAAAGUAGAGGCCACUACAAGAAAACAAGCUGUUUGGGACUCCAAAAAUCGUCCUAAAAUGGUCGCAAAUGCACUAUAUAUGACUAUUUUGUGACUGUUUUGAAUAGUCGUUAAAAUUUGGUCGCAAAAUUUAUUGGUCCCGAUAUAGUCACAAAAUACUGACCACUAUGUGACCUCAUUUUAUGUCUUAAAUUUGCGACUACAUUAAGAUCAAUAUGUAGUCAUAUAUUCCUGACC